GGUAUGGACCAAUGGCGACUGCAUUCGACGCUGUCCAAUCCCGAGUGAAUUGGGAAGGGCCUAAAUGGCCACACCUACUGCAAUGACGUCAGAACCGACGCUGAGCGUCGCGCACGUUCAACCCAACGACGCUUCCACACUUUUUGACCCGAUAAACAUUCGGGCCGAGUUGCUUCUCUCGAUUGCACACCCGGCGCGCAGCUCCAACAACUACUGUUUUCCAUUCCCCCACCCCCUCAAACUGUUUCACGCAUCACGCGCGACAUUUCACCCCCAACCACCUCCACACCCCACCCCUUUACUCACACUCGUUACUCUCCAACACCCUCUCUCGUUGCAAAAAAGACAUCACUAUUGCAGAGUCUAGCGAGGCGUUAACUAGUCCAGACCGCAAAUCACUUUUCGAUUGAUAGACCCCCCCAUGAACAAACGGGAUCGUAUUCGUGAUUUUGGAUUAACAGUGCACUUUUUUCUGUGGGUGAAUAUCGUGUGUUGUGAUUUGCAAAAAGAAAGUCAAAUGUGCUUUAAAUAGUGAUUUUUAACCAAGAGAGUUAUUUUAGGAUCUUUAUUUCAUCUUCAUACAUACCUAUAAUAAUAGAAGUUAUUUAUAAUAAACUACGAGGAAGAUGAAUUAGUGACAAUUGUCCCCGAGGAAAGGGGAAACUAAAAUAUAUUUGUAUAAAAUUCAAUUCAAGAACUUUGUUUCCAAAAAUUAGAAUUUUCGUAAAAGUUGAAAUUCAGAGAACUGGUGAGAUUGAUUUAUUGAUAGUGUAAAAAAAAGUGAUCACGACGCAUCAAAAACAGAAUCCAAGUUGUCCAGGAGGCGACGGAAGUGGAGGGGAAGGUGGUGGUUGUCGAGGUGAAAAAUCACUGCCCUAUGCUCCUGUAGCAAAUGUGGUAAAAGAGGUGGUACACCAGGAGGCGGAGGUCGACGAGGUUAAGAUGGAAGCAGAGGAUCACCUCGCCAGAGAAUACGUUCAGGAGUUUGUUCUCGACCAUCUUGAUCCCGCCGACGUCAAACGAGAGGUACGUUUAAUCUCACCGACAAGCAUGGUGAAUCCAAACGGACAACUACCAAGUCAGCCACAUGGGCUAACAUUGGCUCCAUUGACACCACCAGCUCACGAAUUGGAGCAACCUCAUCCUCUUUAUGGACAGCCUCAUAUCCAAGUACAACAUGGCGUACUUGUAAAAGCGCCACCUGGUGCAGCUUCUCAUUUGACGACUCUCUCGCAUCCUGGAACACCACCUGACACACCGCCGGUUUCGGCUUCACCACCACCAUUACAAUUACAUCGAGGGGAACGUGAGCACAGGGAUCGGAAUGGUUUAUUAUUGCACCUUCAACAACCAAGUUCAUUGGUGCAAGAUGAGAUACCAGUCAGUUCGGGAGGCAUGGGCUGGCUUACGCAGUCUUUGAGGCAAGAACCCCUAGAUUUAAGGCCACAUUGUCCCCAAGAUCAAACACCGGAACCACCACCCGAACACUGGACGUCGGCACCGUCGCAUCAUCACUUUCAAGAAUUGCAACAUAUCCCACGUCACAUGAGGCAUGCCGGUGGUUACAUCACUAUGCCCAGUCACUUGGAUUAUUAUGGUAGUGGAGGUCCUGGUCCAGGGGGCGGAAUGUUACCGGGGGGUGGAGUUGUAAUGCAAUCGAUGGAUGAUAGUAUGCAGGGAAUGCCGAUGCAACCAGGAAGGCCGUUAAGUGUUUGCUCGGUAAGCUCAUGCAGUGCUAAUGGUCAGUCCCACGGACAACCAAAAGGCAUCAGCAGCUCGUACUCCAAUUGCGGCAGCAAUGGCUCCUCCGUGCUUAUGUCUGACGAGGUUCUCAUGUCGCUUUCCGUUCGUGAGUUGAAUAAACGUCUUCAGGGGUACCCAAGGGAUGAGAAACUCUGUUGCCAUCAGGUGGUUCGUUUAAAGCAGAAAAGACGCACUUUAAAGAACAGGGGUUACGCACAGAAUUGUCGCAGUAAACGGCAACAACAACGCCAGGAUUUAGAAACAACAAAUCAAAAUCUUCAGAACAAAUUGCAACGAAUGCAACUGGAAAUUGACCAAAUCCGACAGGAGCGUGAUUUAUAUAAACAGCGAUGGGAACUUUUGAGGGUACGACAAAAUCAUAAUCAUCAUAGUCAUAAUCACAAUCAUAGUCAUCAUCAGCCACCGUCACAACAGCAGCAUCAAGUUCAAAAUCAACAACAUCAACCCGCACCUGCAAGCCCCGAGGUUUAUCUGUGACAAAGACAACGUCGAGGGGGUGCUUGCUGGACUUGAAAAAUCCUCUCGCGUUUCCGUUGUAACUACGGCAGCUCAAGAAACUUGAAAGCAGCUCACAGCCGCUCGAAAGAUGAAGAUCAAAUUAAUGUACAAAGACAGUUAUAUGGCGCAUACAUCGCAAAUUAAUGACUUGAUCUUCAACAUAGGACAAUUGGCAACCAAUCCGAAAUCUUGUCCUAAAUUGACCAUGGCUGGAUUUGGCAACGUAUUAGAGAACCUGCAGGAAAAUUAUGGGUCACAGUCUCGAAUGUUAGAGGUCUCAGUUAAAGAGAUGGAGGAUCUCUUAUUAGGCAAAUAAGCGUCUCUAAUUAGGCGAGCAAAAUGAGCUAGUCAAACGACUCCGGCUCCUUAUUUCCUCCUUCUCCGACAGAUACAGCACUCUCGUGGAAGAGUUGAACUUUUAUAAAGAACCUCUGGAAACAGAUGACGAAUGGACUCCCGAGGAUGACGAGAUCCUUAAAAGUUUCGUCGGCUGGACUUAUCUAAAGCCCUAUCAUGCCAUUCUGGACCACAUAAAGGAACUUUAUCAAUGCAUUCUUAGUACGGUCUGCGCAUGCGCAGAGAGCAACAGUCUCAGAUAAAAAUGACACAGACGAUUGUGGACAGAAAAUACUGAGACCGUGAAGAAGGCCACCCUGACCCAGUCAGUCAAGCUGUCCGCUCGUCAAAGAAGAUCAAUACUCUCUAAUCAGAUCAACUCAACGAACUAAACGCUUAACUCUCCAACGUAGCACACUACGUAAGUUGUGUGCUCUCGCAAAUAUCUUCUACGUUUGAAAAUUCUAAAACAGAGUUAUUUGAUUUUUAUUGAUGUAAUUACCCUGUCGAAAAUAUUGUGCGUUAAUCAUGUUUAAAUAGUGUUUUAUUUAAUGUUUGCUAACUGUUAAUUGUCUGUAUGCAAAUACAAUUAUAAAUAUGUUCAAUUCGUGUAUUAUAGAAUGUUUUAGUGUUCCACAAAUACUUAAUUGUAUGUCUAUAGUUUGUCAGAAGUGUGUUUCAAGAACAUUAAAAUGUAUGUUAGUCAACAGUUUUGAAACGCUUAUCUGACACUCAAAACACUGUUCUGACAGUGUAAGAACACACAUUGAAUGCUAUUUAAGACUUUUCUUCUUUUGCCCUGAUAUUCCACAUGCGCAUUGACAAUGUUUCGACAAUCUUAACAAAGUUUAAACCUAGUUUCAUAAAUUUAUAAUCACAUAAAGUCCCUAACAGCAUCUUGGUAUUCAGGAUAUCCUACGCAUAUCCGGAAACUAUUAUAUCCGUAGGAUGUCUCAGAGAUGUCCUGAGAAAUCUUAAGGAUUUUUUAGGGUAUUUCGAACCUGUUUUUAAAAUAGCCUGUAAACUUAGUGUGAUUUGAAUUUUAAAAACUAUUUUUUAGAAAUUAAUUAUACCUUUAAAAUUUGUAUACUUUUUUUAUUCAAAUUUAUUGACUUGCAUUUUCUAAAGGAAUGUAUGUAGAUAAAUUCUUGUAAAAAAAUCUCAAUUCUAAAAAAGUACUAUUAAAAUGCGCCUAUGAACGUUAAAAAAUGUUAAUUUUUUGGAAGAUAUAAAGAAAUUAGACGAAUUGUUGAAAAAUAGGGUUUUUGUUAAAUAUCUGGCAUUGGCAGAUUGAAAAAUUAACAUUUUUUUGUCGCUAAGGUGUCACUUUUUUCCGAAUUUUAUUAGU